AUGGCUUGUUUAUCGACUGCUUCCUAUUAUUUCAAUGUUAAUGGUGAGAUGACUAUGCCCAUUAAAGGAAAGAAAGGUCUUCGUCAGGGGGAUCCUAUAUCUCCUUACCUAUUUGUUCUUUGUAUGGAGUACUUGAAUAGGUGUCUGCUUGAGUUGAAGGACAAUAAGGAUUACAAGUAUCACCCCAAGUGCAAGAAGCUCAAUUUGUAUCAUGUUUGCUUCGCUGAUGAUCUUUUGUUGUUCUCUAGGGGUGAUGCACAAUCUAUCAGACAAUUGUUUAGUGCUUUUCAAAAAUUCUCUUUUGUUUCUGGGCUCCGAGCUAACCAGGCCAAGACAUCCAUUUAUUUUGGAGGUGUUCCUUGUGAGGUCCAUAACCUUAUUCUUGAAGAAUUCCAGAUUUCUAAAGGUGACUUGCCUUUUAAGUAUCUUGGAGUUCCUUUAUCCUCCAAGAAGCUUUCUAUUGCUGCGUGUCAGCCUCUAAUUAAGAAUGUGCUUUCAAGAAUUGAUCGUUGGGCUUCUAAGCUUCUUUCGUAUGCAGGCAGGCUUCAGCUCAUCAAAUCUAUUUUAUUUGGUGUUCAAACAUACUGGUGCCAAGUUUUCGUCUUACCUAAGAAAGUUCUUAAGGUUAUUCAAGUUGCCUGCAGAUAUUUCCUAUGGUCUGGAGCUUCUGGUGCCACAAAGAGAAACUUGAUCGUCUGGGACAAGCUUUGUCUUCCUAAGAGUGCAGGUGGGCUAAAAAUCAUUAAUAUUGAGCUUUGUAUCAAAAAAAUUCAUCUGCAAGUAACUGUGGAAUAUUACAAUGAGGAAUGGCAAGGUUUCGAAGAGGCAAUCACCUUCUUCGUCACCAUGGGAAGACCUCGAAAAACUCAGGCCAAAUCUGCAGGAAAGAAGUCGAAGAAACAGGAUGAAGGUGCAAUUUCUAAACCAUAG